GGCGCAGCUGUCAUUUCCGGGGUAAGAUGGCUGCAGUCCGUAUGCUGAGAACCUGGAGCAGGAAUGCGGGGAAGCUGAUUUGUGUUCGCUAUUUUCAAACAUGUGGUAAUGUUCAUGUUUUGAAGCCAAAUUAUGUGUGUUUCUUUGGUUAUCCUUCAUUCAAGUAUAGUCAUCCACAUCACUUCCUGAAAACAACUGCUGCUCUCCGUGGACAGGUUGUUCAGUUCAAGCUCUCAGACAUUGGAGAAGGGAUUAGAGAAGUAACUGUUAAAGAAUGGUAUGUAAAAGAAGGAGAUACAGUGUCUCAGUUUGAUAGCAUCUGUGAAGUUCAAAGUGAUAAAGCUUCUGUUACCAUCACUAGUCGUUAUGAUGGAGUCAUUAAAAAACUCUAUUAUAAUCUAGACGAUAUUGCCUAUGUGGGGAAGCCAUUAGUAGACAUAGAAACGGAAGCUUUAAAAGAUUCAGAAGAAGAUGUUGUUGAAACUCCUGCAGUGUCCCAUGAUGAACAUACACACCAAGAGAUAAAGGGCCGAAAAACACUGGCAACUCCUGCAGUUCGCCGUCUGGCAAUGGAAAACAAUAUUAAGCUGAGUGAAGUUGUUGGCUCAGGAAAAGAUGGCAGAAUACUUAAAGAAGAUAUCCUCAACUAUUUGGAAAAGCAGACAGGAGCUAUAUUACCUCCUUCACCAAAAGCUGAAAUUAUGCCACCUCCACCAAAGCCAAAAGACAUGACUAUUCCUAUACCAGUAUCAAAACCUCCAGUAUUCACAGGCAAAGACAAAACAGAACCCAUAAAAGGCUUUCAGAAAGCAAUGGUCAAGACUAUGUCUGCAGCCCUGAAGAUACCUCAUUUUGGUUAUUGUGAUGAGGUUGACCUUACUGAACUGGUUAAGCUCCGAGAAGAAUUAAAACCCAUUGCUUUUGCUCGUGGAAUUAAACUCUCCUUUAUGCCUUUCUUCUUAAAGGCUGUUUCCUUGGGAUUACUACAGUUUCCUAUCCUUAAUGCUUCUGUGGAUGAAAACUGCCAGAAUAUAACAUAUAAGGCUUCUCAUAACAUUGGGAUAGCAAUGGAUACUGAGCAGGGUUUGAUUGUCCCUAAUGUGAAAAAUGUUCAGAUCUGCUCUAUAUUUGACAUCGCCACUGAACUGAACCGCCUCCAGAAAUUGGGCUCUGUGGGUCAGCUCAGCACCACUGAUCUUACAGGAGGAACAUUUACUCUUUCCAACAUCGGAUCAAUUGGUGGUACCUAUACCAAACCAGUGAUAUUACCACCUGAAGUAGCCAUUGGGGCCCUUGGAUCAAUUAAGGCCAUUCCCCGAUUUAACCAGAAAGGAGAAGUAUAUAAGGCACAGAUAGUGAAUGUGAGCUGGUCAGCUGAUCACAGAGUUAUUGAUGGUGCUACAAUGUCACGCUUCUCUAAUUUGUGGAAAUCCUACUUAGAAAACCCAGCUUUUAUGCUACUAGAUCUGAAAUGAAGACCGAUAAGACAUUCUUGAACUUUUUGAGCUUCCAAAGAGUAUGUAAACCCUAGCUGUGCCAGCACAUGUUCAUCUUUACAAUUUGUAUUGUAAAUGAUUUGUAUCAUAUGAUUAAGGAUCUAAGGUACAAUAUUUGUCACUGUUCUAUUAGACUUUUUACUGAAAAUGAAUAAUGGGGUAAUAGUUCUCCUGGGGCUGUCACAUUUUAUAGGUCAGAGUGUGACUUCUUAAUACGGUGCUGACAUUUUUGUGUCAAUGACUUGAAACUGGCAAGAUUAACAAAAUUAGGCAGGGCGUGGUGGCUCACGCCUGUAAUCCCAGCACUUUGGGAGGCCGAGGUGGGCAGAUCACCUGAGGUUAGGAGUUCGAGACCAGCCUGGCCAACAUGGUGAAACCCCGCCUCUACUAAAAAUAUAAAAAUUAGCCAGGUGUGCUGGUGGGUGCCUAUAAUCCCAGCUACUUGGGAGGCUGAGGCAGGAGAAUCGCUUGAACCUGGGAGGUGGAGGUUGCAGUGAGCUGAGAUCAUGCCAUUACACUUCAGCCUGGGCAACAGAGCAAGACUCUGUCUCAAAAACAAAAAAACAAAAUUAAUGUUACUAAAAGACAGGUAGCCAUAUACAGACAGUAUAUGCCCUAUUUUUUUUAACUGACUCUUAAUGACACUUUUUAAUUAUACUUAAGAAAUGGAAUUUAUAUGCAAAAAUAUUUCCCAUUUCCCUGUUAUGCUAAUUGUUGUAUAAAAUAAGUGCAAUUAUACUUCUCUUUGGAGAUAUCCAAGAGUAUAUUCUUGCUCUGUAUAGAGAACAUCAUCUGUAAAUGUCUUAUUUAUAUUAAUUAAUGUCUUUGAAAAGGGAAAAGUAUAAACUGGCCUUAAAAAUGUCCAAUUAUAGUUUUAUAACCAGUCUAUUAAAGGUGUUCGUUUGAAAUGGAUAUACUUUUAGAUUUUUGGUAAUGGUUUGGUAUUUUCUUGGGAAAGACCUUCACCUUUGCAAACUUCCCUCAUGUAAGGAAGGUACUUUAAAGGUAGCAGCCACUGACAUUUCUUUUUUUUUUUUUUUUUAAUUUCAGAAAUCUACUUCCUUUUAACUUUUAGCUAAAAAAUAGGAUAAGAAAUUAAGGUCUAUUCCAUUCUUCAUAUCCUGGGUAAGAAUGUAAAUAAGAGGAGAAGGAAGAAUCUAAUAGUAAUUAUGGAUAUAAAAAAUAAGAAAUUUUAUAUAGAAAUGAAGGUUUGAUAAUGAUCAUUUUGCUAAAGGUCUACUUUAAUCAGAAAUAGCAUCAAGAUCAAUGUAACCAACAUUUCAAUUUGCAUUCGGAAAUCCAUGUUGUUUCUAAUAUUGUCCAGUUGAAAACUGUAUGCCAAAAUUAGUUGUUUAAGUGAAGUUUUGUGACAGAAAAAAGGUUGUUUUAGUAUCUACUUGGUUUUUCUCAAAAUGGAAAUAAUUUUAAAAUCAGGAAAGAAUACAUCAGCCAGGUGUGAUGACUUGUAAUUGUAAUCCCAGAUAUAGGAGAGGCCAAAGCAGGAGGAUCCCUUGAGGCCAGGAAUUUGAGACCAGCCUGGGCAACAUAGUGAGAUCCCAUCUCAAAAAAUUUUUUUUUAAAAAUUAGCCUGGUGGCUCACACCUGUAAUUCCAGCACUUUGGGAGGCCAAGGCGGGCAGAUCACCUGAGGUCAGGAGUUCAAGACCACCCUGGCCAACAUGGUGAAAUCCGUCUCUACGGUUUUGUAAAAAUACAAAAAAUUACCUGGGCCUUGCGGCGCACGCCUGUAGUCCCAGCUACUUGGGAGGCUGAGGCAGGAGAAUUGCUUGAGCCCGAGAGGUGGAGGUUACAGUGAGCAGAGAUCACACCACUGCACUCCAGACUGGGCAACAGAGCAACACUUUGUCUCCAAAAAAAAAAAACUUAGCCAUGUGUGGUGGUGUGCAUCUGUAGUCCCAGCUACUCAGGAAGCUGAGACAGGAGGAUCAAUUGAGCCCAGGAGUUCAAAGCUGUAGUCAGCUGUCAUUGUGCCACUAUCCUCCGGUGUGGGUGAGAGAGUGAGACCUGGUCUCUUAAAAAAAAAAAAAAAUAGGUCAAAUAAAUGCUGUUAUUGUAAAAUUUCAGAUAAUACAAAGAGUUAACCAAUAAAAUAAAAAAUCAUUCCACUAUUAACAUUUUGAUGUAUGUAUCUGUAUAUAUGGCUAUUCUUUUUUAUUAAAACAGGAUCAUAGUAUAGCUACUAUUUUAUUAUUUGAUUUUUAAAAUAUAACAUUAUAUUAUGGGUAACCUUACAUGUCAAUAAACAAUUCCACAUUAUCAUGCU